UCCAUUUACAUCAUACUGAGCUUAGAUGUGAAGCUCUGGACUCGCUGACCAUUGUGGCACCGCCCAUUUCACCAUCCCCCCUCAAGAUUGCGGUCUCCCCUUCAUUCGUGUCUUGCCGUUACCAUCGUGCAGCGGCCGCGGCGCACGAUCAGGUGGCGUCCCCUCCACUAUCGGAGAUGGACGAGACACGGCAGUCUGCUGCACCACCUUUACUCCCCUCGAGCAGCACCGUCUCCGCUGUUUGGGGAGCGUGGGGAGCUUCAUGACCCCUAUUACCCUAUUGCAACCCGACGCGAGCCCUAUCGCUGCGACCCAGGUGCCUUGUCGCGACGUUCUCCUUUGUUAACGCCCCCCCAAGCUCUGCGUCCCACCCAGUAUCCGUCUUCCUUGGACUCAUCCCCCGAAGCAGACGAAUCACAACGUCCAUUGAAGCAACCUCUCGGCGCACCAAGCUUGUUCGAUGAAAACGAUGCUCUGAGCUAACCCAACAAUUCGGAUAUGGGUUCACACUUUGUUUCAUCGCUCACAGAAGCUCAAAAGAAAACAUGCCCAGUACGAGCAAGACCCGGCGAUGAAUCCUGUCAGCCCACAUCGCAGAACUACCUGUAUCAGCCGUUGAGUUGCCACUCCUUUCUGUUGCCCUCCGCUCUGACACUGUGUACCUAGCAUCGGUGCAAGGGGUACUAUCAGUGAUCAUCUUACCUUAUGCAUACCUGUACAGUAGAGUCCUGCACGACUGACGAAAGGUGCCCCCGGAAAUCGACACUGCCCUUCCGCGGCAGGAAUGGGCAAGAUUCGCCGGAACCCACAUCCACGGCCCACAGGCUGGCUACACAGUCGUUAUCGAAUCGAGCAAUUCCGGUCUUCUCUCUGUCUCCAGCAUGCAUCACCACCACCGACGGUCCGCUCUCAGUAAACCGCUCACGUGAACGCACAUAUCGCUCUGACGAUACUAUCGCCGAUGAGAUCCUACUACUAACCCUCCGUCAUCGGCUACAUUACGAUCGAUGCCUUAGCAGGGCAUCCUUCCUCGUGCACAAUCUACUCUCUGGUCUCCCGUCUCCGAAAUGGCAAGCACCCAAACAUCACAGGCAACUGAGACAAAGCCAACUACAGAGUAAGAAAUCGUUCCGUGGUAUCUAAUGGUCCAAUCAUUGCCACGCCCUGGACGAGGAUAUUGCAAUUUGAAACAGUCAAAGGGGGCUGUUUGGCUUUUUCCGGCUCGGGCGACCGCAGCCACAAUCAUUUCGCCAUUAUCAAUCUCAUCAAAUCAAUCGCAUCUAAUCUGAUUGCGCACAAUCUCCGAGACCGGCACCUCUUUCACCCCUUGGAGCCCCAAACCAGCAAUUGAUAAAUCUUCUCAACGCGAACACAUGCAUCGUGGGGCUACGCAGGCGAGGCCCGCUCGCAUACCCUUGCACGCCUUUGUCUCAUCCUCAUUUCCAGCUGCUCGCGACCGUCCCCCACGAUGCGCCAGCUUGGCCUUCGGGAGCUCCGGUUGCUACCGUACUCUGGACGAGAAGUAUGGCUUCGCGCCUGCUCCACAGCCGCCAACGCCCAGCCAGCCGCUGGCACGGGGUGGGCUCAAUCUGAUAACUUUAUUCGCUUCUCCCUUUGGUUGUCAUCAAACCGUUUGACCGAUCGACACCCUCGUAACUUGGGCCCUCGCUACAUUCGGUGACCGAACCCUUCUUCGCUCUUGGCCUUGUUGCGAACGCCCCCAACCAACUCUCACCUUCGCGUCCUGCUAGCGCCACUCUACCGGUUUGCAUCCCCGUCGACGCGUCCUGCCACUUCGGGAAUGGUUAUCAUGUCUGCCAUCCUAUUUUGCCCCCGAUUGUGGCCUGGCUAUCGGGAACCAAGACAACCUUGGUUGGCGUCAUUCACGUUCGGGGGCAACUUACUAGAUCUUAAUACUUACUGCAAGAUUUUUUUGUUUUAUUUUAUCUUAACGCGCCGGCUUGCUAUGUAGUGCGACUCCGAGUAUGCCAAAUAUCCACUCAACAUGCUCACCCUGGCCCUACGAUCUUGGAGCGUUU